AUGCAGGUUACCAGAGAUAAUUUUCCUGCAAUAUUUCCAAAGUUUGUGGAGUUGUUGCAAACCUGUGAUUUUUACUCCUUUGAUGAGGAAAUGACAGGUAUUAACACACCAGAGUUACCAGAAAGUAUGACAGAUUCACCUGAAGAGAGUUAUCGGGCCAAAUGUACUGUAGCUAGUCGAUAUAAUAUUAUUCAAGUUGGAAUAUGUCUUUUUCAUAAGGAUAAUAAGAAUAGUAAAUCUACACCUACGCAGUAUAUUGCUCGUCCUUUUAAUUUUAUUCUCUUUCCUAAUCAUUCAGAUGACUUUACAAUUGAAGAAAGGUCUAGAGAUGUGGUAUUAAGUCCUUCUUCACUUGCAUUUCUUCGUCGGCAUGAUAUGAAUUUUCAAUCUUGGAUUUAUUAUGGUAUAGCGUAUUGUGAUAAGGUACAAGAAGAAGCAUUACGAAAAAAACACCAGGAAAGGUAUAAGGAAUUAUCUCAAAAUAAUAAUAAUAAUAAUAAUAAUAAUAAUAAUAAGGAUCAAGGUAUAGAUAUUAUGACUGAAGAAGAAAAAAAAUGGUUUGAUAACGCUGUGUCUACGGUUCGUACUUUUUCUGAUCGAAUACAAGAUACAUUAAAUCGAGUCAAAGAAAAAAAUAAAGAUUUUCCAUUAAGUAAAAUAGAAUUAGCUGCUACAAUGGAUCUUUUACAAUCUAGUGGACGAGAAAUUUUUCUUACACCUGUAAAAAGUAAAACUGUUCGUGAAUAUUUUAAACAAUAUGUUGAAAAACAUUUUAAUAAUGUUUUAAUUUCUUUUAGACGACAAGGUUCAUCUUUUACCGGAAUUGUUCGCGCUAUAUUUCCUGAGGAACGUGCUCGUUUAGAAAAAAAAGAGGAAAAUUUUAAAAAGCGUGAACUAACAGAUAUGUUGGGUUUUCGUUUAAUUUUUAAAGCUCUUGUAGAAAGUGAAAAACCUUGUGUGGGUCAUAAUUGUUUUGCAGAUAUCCUUUUUUUAUUUGCAUCUUUGGAAAGUUCAUUACCUGAUACUUUACCAGAAUUUAAAGAGCGUUUGGGAAAAAUGUUUCCUAUUAUUUUUGAUACUCGGUAUAUUGCAAGUCGUCAAGAUUAUUUUCCUCUAGGACGGUUUGGAUCUCGUUACUUGGGUGGUUUCUUUGAAGAAUAUGGAUUUAAUUCAGCCAAUAUACAAGUAAAACUUCCUUUGGGAUUUGAGGCAUAUGAUGCUAUGACGACUGAAAAAGGAGAACGAAAUAGCAGCAGCAGUGGUAGUAGUAGUGGCAACAACAACAAGAACAAUAAUGGAUUAACACAUGAAGCGGGAUAUGAUGCUUUAUUAACAGGUACAUUAUUACUUAAUCUACUUGCAGAAAUGGGAGGAUAUGAUGUAGCAACCGCUCCGAAAAACGUUAUAAAUCGUGUAGCCUUAUUUCGUUCCCUUUACGCAUUGCGUCUUGAUGAUUUGAAGGAAGAUGAAUACCUUCCUGAAAAUGGGGUUUUGGAACUUCGACAUGAGAAAAAUAUAAAAGUUCAUCAUAUUGAAUCCUGUUUUUUAACAUUAUCGUUUCAAAAUGUUUCACUUUACACAAUUGACGAAACCCGAACCUUGGCAGUACUUCCGUCUUCAUGGUCUAAAUCACCUACUUUGGUUGGAGAAAAUAAAGAUGCCAAAUGGCUUUCUACAUUCAUCACGUCACGUUUUCCACAGUAUUUUGAGGCAUCUUUGUACGACCCUGCCCGAAACAAACCGGGAAUGGGCGUCGGCCCCUUCCGAACGACACCCAAAGCUUUGAUGCGGGCGGCAUUGAAAGCGGCCCUGCGUUGA